CCCCCAACUGCUGCCGCCCCUCUCUUCUAACAGCAGCAGCAACACUUCUCCUUCCUCAAACCAACACACUCAACAGCAGCAGAUUUUCCCCUUUCCCCAACAGCUUGCAACACUCAUGGCUUCCCAUUGCCAUGAAAGAAACCGAAAUUAGAAGCAGAGGAUGGAGAGGGAGUCAGAGUCGCGCGUCAGGGGAAGAGAAGAGGGAGAGGCGAGCCAGCAGCGGUGGGCCUCGCCGUCGCCGCCCUGCUGCUCGCCGUUCGCCACCAACGUCGAAGAAGAAGGAGAUCAGAAUCGGAAGUGAAGAGGGUCGCGUUUCACGCCGUGCAGUCGCGUUGCCCUCACCGCGUCGUGUCGCCGCGCCGUCAAUCGUCCUCACCGCACCCCACAACGAGCUGCGUUCCCUAGCCACCCGUUGCAUCCUCCCUGUGCCGUUCUUCACGCCAUUGCGUUCCUUCGUCGCCGCCGCCGUUGACAGAAGAGGGAGUUUGAUCCGAGAGCGCAGUGAGGGAAGGGCGUCGCCGGAGGAGAGCCUGGCACCGCCGCCGCCACUGUUCGCCGCGCCGUCAUCUCUAGCCUGCGCCGUUGCUAGUCGCGCGAGGGGGAGACGCGCCGUGAGGGAGAUCCGUCACGUUUCUGCCGUCGCCGAUUCACACGCCGCCGUUGUGCUCCUUGCCGCAGCGCCGCUGCUGGAAGAGGAGAGCUCGCCAGUUCUGUCUCUCACUACCGUCUCCGUCGGAGCUGCCGCCACGGUCGCCGGAGCUUCUGGCCGAGCCUCAACCGCCGGGAAACCGUUACUGGAGCCUGUGUCAUUUGGAUUUCAUCGCGAGUUACCUCCACCAGAAACCACCGCUGUGAUUCUGAUCACCGGGGACGACUCUGUGACUUUCGGGAUCACCGCUGAAGCUCCAGGCAGAGUUUCUGCCGCUUGAGACCUUGCUGUUGUCGCCGGAAAAUUUUGCCGUUGAUCCACCGGAGCUUCUGGCCGCCGCCGGAGCUGUGCCGGGGCCGGUUCGAAUCCGCAGCUGCUUCGUGUUGAUUUUCCGAGUUGUUUAUGCUGCUGCGAAAAUGUGUGGGGCUGUGCUUUGAAGCUGCCUUUGAUUUUGAGUUGAGGCGGAAAGGACUUGAUGAUACGUUUGGGUUAUGGAAUUUUGCGUUUUGAGGAUAUGGGCGCAGAAGUUACGAAGAAUUUAUUUAGUUAUUGUUGUGAUGUUCUGUAUUGCUUUGGACUAUUAAUUAUUGUACCCUCGCCUUUAUCUUGAUAUAUUCUAUAAGAGGGAUAGGGAUUGUAUUGGUUAAUGUCUGUAAUAUUAUUUAUAUAUAUAUGUAUGUAUAUAUAUGGAUGUACUCUUUA